CGUCUCCGCUGCAGGGUCCUGAGAUGCUCGCCGACGUACCACACGGUUUUGCAGACAUGGAUGAGGACGACGAGCUCUCGUCGGUGUACGUGAACUUACCCCGGUUUCGCCAGAGCGUCAGCAGUCUGACCUCGGCCACCUCCGAGUCCUCCGACCUCCACGACCCCCUGCACCUCGGCUCUCAGGGAUGGGAGAUCCACACUGACGACCAGAGCGGGAAAGAGUACUACUACCAGCCCAGCACCGGCCUGAGCACCUGGGAGUACCCGCUGAGCCCCGGCAUGGAGCCGGACCGGCCCCCCGCGUCCCCGGGUCCGCCCCGGUCACCCGACUGCUCGCCCUCGGACUGGGAGAGGGUGCUGGACGAGAGGAGCGGCCGGCAUUACUUCUUCAAUCCUACAUCUGGACAGAGUUCCUGGGAGCCACCGGAGGACCUGCUCACUCACUCAGGGGGGAACAGUGUGAGACAAGAUGGACCGCCUCAGCUCCCCGAGGAGGACUACCCUGCAGAAGACGACGUCUCCCCGGGGCGGGACGCCGAACCCUCGGAGUACUCGCUCAUCCACGUGCAGAAGACCGUCAUCCCCAGGGUGUGUGUGGACCAGAGCGCUCCAGCAGGCUGGACGCUGAACCUGGACCCCGACAGAUCCUGGGUGUUCACCAGCCAGCACACGCAGGAGCAGUGGAUUAAAUCAGUGGACGAUCAGGGACAGGUGUACUACUACCUGAGAGACGGGUCCAGGUCCCAGUGGAACCUACCUGAGCUUCCUGGUCUGGUUCAGUCUCGAGUGGGGAACGGGGGCCCGGCCGAGCAGGACAGACUGGCAGCAGACAGGAAGUGGAGGAAUAGUACCGGAUCUCAGGAUGAGAAGCUUUCCAUAACUCAUGGACGGAUGGCCUCAGACAGUGACGUGUACAGCUACCCGGAGACGCAGCAUCAUGUAUCAAGCUUGGAGAAAGCCGGAAUCCUCAACAAAACCCGAAUAUCAGAAAAUGGGAAGAAAGUGAGGAAGAACUGGGCUCAGUCGUGGACCGUCCUCCACGGAGGGGUUCUAACGUUCCACAAGGACCCCAAAUUAUUAAAUCCGUCAGGAAUGUCGGGGAAGAGCAGUCAGAUCGUGGUGGAGUUUACUGUGGAUUUAAAAGGAGCCACGAUUGGAAAAGCUGCGAAGGAGAAAUCCAGCAAGAAGAAUGUGCUCGAGUUGAAAAGUCGAGCCGGUACCGAGUUCCUGAUUCAGUACGACACUGAAACCAUCAUCAGCGACUGGUUUAAAGUCAUCACAGACACCAUACGACAACUCGACCUGUCGGAUAAUCAGUCAGACGAUGAGGAGGAGGCCAGUGAAAAAUCCUCCAGCACGGAGAGAGAGGACAGAUCAGUUGACAAGCGAAGAAUGAGCAUUGCAUCUAGUUCGGCAUCCGAGACAGACCAGAAGAAGAUCCAGAGCAAGCUCCGGAAGUUUCUUCUCAAGAGGCCGACCCUGCAGUCGGUCAAAGAGAAGGGCUACAUCAGGGAAAACGUGUUCGGGUGUCACCUGAAAAAUCUCUGUGACCAGGAGAGGACCACGGUGCCCAAUUUUGUCAGGAAGUGCAUCCGGACGGUGGAGAAAAAAGGUUUGGGGGUCGAUGGGAUCUACAGGGUCAGCGGGAACCUGGCUGUCAUUCAGAAGCUGCGAUUCAAGGCUGAUCAUGUAGAGAAUCUGGACCUGGAGGAGGGGAACUGGGACAUCCACGUGAUCACUGGUGCACUGAAGCUGUUCUUCAGGGAGCUGCAGGAACCGCUGUUCCCCUACAGUCACUUCAACAGCUUCGUCCAGGGCAUCAAAAUUCCGGAUUAUAUAAACCGAGUGUCGUAUAUAAGCGACCUGGUGAGGUCUUUACCGCCGGCCAAUCACGACACCAUGGAGGCGCUGUUCAGCCACUUAAGGAAAGUUAUCGAGCACGGAGAGGAGAACAGGAUGAGCGUACAGAACGUGGCCAUCGUCUUCGGACCCACGUUACUGAAGCCUGAGGUGGAAUCGGCCAACUUCACCGCGUUCAUGAUCUAUCAGAACCAGAUCAUCGAGUUCGUCCUCAACGAGUUCGAGACGAUUUUUCACAUGUAAACAACGUGGCCUCGAAUAACCGGAUCAGAUCAUCUACGACGAGGGUCUUCAAAAAGCUUCCACUCAUUCAUUUUACACACAAACCAUCACUGUACUGAUCAGCCACUGAUGCGCCGGUGCUUACACAUCAUCAUCACAUGAAUCACAUCUUCUUCCCCUUAAAGCUUCUUUGAGCUUCCAAACAGGUGGAAAUCAGAUGGAGCUAAAUCCGGACUUUAACCACGAUAUAAAAGUGAGGAAACUUUCUGAAGAUCCCUCGUAUAAGCGGUUUUAACCUAAAAACAAUAAUAGUGCUGAUGAGAGAUGUAGUCGGGUCAGGUUUAGGUCGCGUUUUGCACUUAUUGCUGUGAUUUACAGGAGGCCACGUUCACGUUUGUGAGUUCGUUGUGAUCUAAACAAGCCACCUACUGACACUGACUUGAAUUGUACGAACUGACUAUAAAAUGCUGGAGGAAGAAACUGAGGAAUUUGCUUUGAGAACGUUUUGUUUCUCUUUCGGCUGUAUUUUUAAGGGUUUCCACCUUUUUCACGCCUGUUCAAUUGGCUAGGCUGAUGGGCCAUGACUCGUGUCCGUGUCGCACCACUGAGAUUCGAACCCUGGGUCUGAGCAGCAGUGAGCUAGCGUAUUGUCCCGCUGCGCCACCCGAGCGCCCAUAAGGCUCUGAUCUGGUCUCACGUGUUUACGGUAGGUACUAACUAGAACCUGAUGUACAAACCCCGUUUCCAGAAAUGUUGGGACACCUUGAUGCAGUGGUGGACUGUGUUCAGUAACAACCGUUUUCCGAAAUACUCCAGAGCCCACAUGGCUAUAUUUAUCACAGUAGCAUGAUGGUUUCAUCGGUGGUUUAAACCCCUGCUCUACACAUACUGAGAUUUGUCUGGAAUUCCUGGAUGUUUUCACAGUAUUCUGUACAGUAGAUGGUGAAAGAUUAAAGUUUGGAGCACAGUGGUGAGCCAUGCCCCAUCAAUGCUUGUACAGACUGAUCCUGAUCCAGGUGGAUCCUUUUAUACCCGAUCAUGAUUCCCUCACCCGGUACCGACUCACCUGCUCACUGUGGAACCUUUCAAACACUCCAUCCACUUUUCACUCUCAUUCUGCCUCCGUCCCAACUUUUUUUGAAGUCUGUUACAGCAUCACAUUCUAAACCUGCUUCUAUUUACAAACCACAAUAAAGUUGAUCAGUGAAACUUUGGUAAUUAAAUAAAGAAGAGAAUGAAACACGUCCUCAACACGUCCCAACUUUUCUGGAGACGCGGUUUGUAUUUAGCUCUGAUAUAGAGACGCUGAUUAAUUCCACAACAGGCUUUCAUGAAAUGGGACAUAAGUUUUAUUGUAUUUUAGGAAUGUUUUUGGUUCUUUUGCUUAUAUUUAUGUUUUUUUUUCCUUUAAUACUCUUGUGUUUGAUCUAAUGAUAAAACCUCUAUAAACGAAUGACAGUAGAAAACUGUGUACAGUCUUAAAAGAUGUAAUAUUUUAGACGUCUUAGCCCGAAGGUGAAUAUUUCCCUUUGUAAAAUCUGUUUGCACAUAGACACACAGUACUUUUUAAAGAAAUGAAGAUUGUAGCUGUAUAAAAAUGUAAAGCAUUAAUAUUUUGUGAGAAUAGGGCAUUUAUGUGGAUGUACUUACAAAUAUGUGGAUUCAUGGUGUAAAUAUAAAGCAUAUUUAUGCUUUAAAUAAAAUAAUAAUAAUAAGGUUUUAAUAAA